UUGUAUGUUUCAUAACCAGUAUAAGGUGGUAGAGGCUUUCAAAGAGGAAGCACACAGCCUAUGAAAAGCCCGGAGUCUGCGAGUGGGGUGGAGACUGUCUCAUCCAUGAAACACCCCAUUGUGCUAUAGCUGCUGUGGCUUACUGAAUUAGCGUUUUCCUACAGCAGGAGGACAUUUUUCUGUCAGCACAAACGUCAAAAACAAAUGUCUCAGCUAUUACAGCAGAGGAACUUCCAUUCAUCAAAGCAAUGAGAAGAGCAAAGCAUGUUACGGAAUCUGUGCUGUGUUAUUCUACUCAUGAUCCAGAGGGAUACAGAAAGUACACGGGUGAUUGGAGGACACAGGACUGUGGUACAGGGGGAGGAUGUGGAUUUAUCCUGCAGACUGAUAGAGACAACUGAGGAUCUCGAACAGAUAACAUGGCAGAAAAGUACUUGGGAAGAAACACAGAACCAUAAUUUUAUGCUGAUUUAUCCCAAUGGGGAUACUAAGGUUAUUGCACAGAAUGGAUUGGUAGGUAGAGUCCAAUUUAUUGGGAACCCAUUGGAAAACCUUGGAUCUAUUCGAAUAACAGCUGUCAGACUGUUUGAUGAAGGCACCUUCACAUGUAUCUUCAGUGUUUACCCCAGUGGAGCAUACACUACAGAGAUACCCCUGACUGUGCUUGUUCCUCCAGUGGUGAAUGUGACAGUUGAUGUUACUCCUGUCAUUGGGGAGAAUGAGGUUGUCUUGGCAACCUGUGUGGCUGCUGGUGCCAAGCCACAGGCAGAUGUAAAGUGGAAGACAGGUACAUUGGGCAGUUUGUUGAGAACAGUGACUAACUCCACCCAGCACGCCAACGGAACCACCACAGUACUCAGCCACCUGCUCGGGGUGCCAACCAGAGCAGCCAAUCAGCAGCAGGUCCAGUGUGUGGUCAACCAGUCUGCCCUGGCAACAGAAAGGAGCUACAACUACAACUUAGACAUCCACUAUCCACCUCAGUCAGUGAACAUCACACUUAGUGAGGCCUCUAAAACCACAGUCUUACUAUGUGUAGCAGAUGGUAACCCACAACCCAACUACACCUGGAGCAGAGUGGUCCAGCCAUGGCCUGGGUCUUCAGUGAAAGCAGAGGGAGACAUACUGCACUUCCUCAGUCUCAGCUCUGAGAUGAAUGGUUUCUAUGUCUGUGAGACCUCCAACCCCUACGGACGAGCAACUGGCUCCCUCUAUGUACACAUAUCCUCUGAGACCUCUGCUGUCUGUUGGGUUCUAUUCAUUGUCAUUCUCUGUCUGAUUGUUGCUGCGGCUGCACUCAUAGGGUACCGGUGCAAAUACGGACAGUUUCCUUGGAGUCCAAUCAUAGCCAAUCACCAGUUCCAGGCACCACAUCAGGUUGAGGAAGAUGAACCUGAGACGUCUGGGUUCUAACACUCCAAACCAGGAAGGCGAAUAAGGGAGAAGGAACGUGAUAAAUCACCGGACAGGCUGAGAACAGGUGCCAGAAGAAUCGCAGACAUGCACUAUGUGGGGGAAGAAUUCCAGUCUGCACAUUCUCCAACGCUACAGCCAUUUGCAAAGAACAGGCACAUUCUCCAACUUAAAAAAAAAACAUUUAUUUAACCUGUAUUUAACUAGGCAAGUCACAUAAAAACAAAUUCUUAUUUACAAUGACGGCCUACACCGGCCAAACUUGGACAACACUGGGCCAAUUCUGCGACGCCCUAUGGGACUCCCAAUCACAGCCAGUUGUGAUACUGUCUGGAUUCAAACCAGGUUGUCUGUAGUGAUCUCUCUAGCACUGAGAGACCACUGUGCCACUUGGGAGCCUAAUGAACAGGGACCCUAUGCAGUAUUCUCUUUGACAUUAGAAACCUCAGCUAGGCCUCUCCUCCAUCACAGCUUUAAACAGCUAUAAACAGUUGGUCCUCGUUUCAGUUUGUUGUUCCCCUCUCAUGGACUCCGCCUUGCCGUGGUGGAGGGGCAUUGUUGCUUCAGCGGGAACAACAACUCUCCUGUAUGUAUGUAUAUAUGAAUGGUGCAUGUUGAAGCCAACUAAUGGGAGGCCAGGUAUAAUCUAAAUAACAUGUACAAAUGGAGAAUAUUGUCAGUAAUGACUAGCCAAACCCUGGCUGAUGGUGGUACUUGCAGCUGCUCUAAAAUGAAUUCCUUCAUAGUAUGCAGCCAUAUGUAGUCUUGGUACAGGGAGCAGUUAUAUGAGGAGCCAUGAAACCUAACUAGGCAAGUCAGUUAAGAACAAAUUCUUAUUUUCAAUGACAGCCUAGGAACAGUGGGUUAACUGCCUUAUUCAGGGGCAAAACAACAGAUUUUUAUCUUGUCAGCUCUGGGAUUUGAUUUUACAGCCUUUCAGUUACUAGUCCAAUGCUCAAUCCACUAGGCUACCUGCCACCCAUGGCUAGUGAUCCACUGGGGACAGAAGCUACACUAACAGCUGCCUUAUGAUCCAUGCAUUAACCCUAUCCCUGAUGAACCCUGUAUUAUUUGUUGUUUUAGCCUAGCAUUAGUGUAGCAUGGCAUUUUGUCCACCAGUAGUUAAUGUAGGUAGUUAGUAGUUAGAAAGCAGGUCUUUUCCCUACAUUAUUAGUUAGAAUGCAGGUCUUUUCACUACAUUAGUAGUUAGAAUGCAGGUCUUUUCACUACAAUAGUAGUUACAAUGCAGAUAUUUUCACUAAGUUAAUUGUUAGAAUGCAGGUUAGAAAGAGACUGUUAUGUCAUGUCUUGUUCAAAAUGUACACACAAUUUUCACAAGGCCUUGCUUUGUGCACUGUAAAGUCCUUGUAUUUCAACCUUGGAACUAGGAACACACAGGGACAAGCUGUUUCCUGGUCGUUGUGGCUCUGUUCUGUCUGCUUGAUUGAUGAUAUGGGAGUGGCUCUUAUAGACCACAUGGGGUUCAAGGCAGAUGAAUUCCCUCCAGAUCCAUGAACUGUUUUAGCCUCAACUUCCUCCCAACAAAAUCUUCCAAAAUACGUUAAUUCUUAUCAAGUUGAAGCAUUCCUAAAGAUUAACCUAGUGUGCACUUCUGCCUUUUAAUCAACAAGAAGAGACAUGUCUGUGGGUUUAGGGGUGGUAGUGGCAGUGGUUAGUGUGUGUGUACUGUCAUGACGUUGCCCUCUUUACAUUACUAGUGUACAUUUCUUUGUGUUGGUUUCAUUCACACAUACUGAUUGGUUGGAUGCUAAUUAAACCUAUACUAUACUGA